GUCGAACUUCACGUCCACCUGGAUGGAGCCAUUAGACCAGAAACAAUCUUGCACUUUGGCCGGAAAAGAGGGGUUCCUCUUCCUGGCAGCACUGUUGAUGACCUUCUGAAGCAUGUGAGCUAUAAAACGCCACUGACACUUACCCAAUUUCUAGAGAAGUUUAAUCAUUACAUGCCUGCCAUUGCGGGUGACCGCGAGGCGGUGCGGAGGAUUGCCUACGAGCUUGUGGAAACAAAAGCCAAAGAAGGCAUCAUCUACGUGGAGGUCCGGUACAGCCCUCACCUCCUGGCCAACUGCCGCGUGGAUCCCAUCCCCUGGGGCCAGACUGAGGGAGACCUCACUCCAGACGAAGUUGUUAACCUCGUAAAUCAGGGACUGCAGGAUGGAGAAAGGGAUUUCCGCAUCAAAGCCAGGUCUAUUCUAUGCUGCAUGCGCCAUAUGCCAAGCUGGUCUCCAGAGGUGGUGGAGCUCUGCAAGAAGUAUCGAAACAACUCUGUGGUGGCCAUUGACCUGGCUGGGGAUGAGACCCUGAAGGUAGAGAAUUCCUCCGAGCAUAAGAAGGCUUACGAGGAAGCUGAGAGAUGUGGAAUUCAUCGCACCGUCCAUGCUGGGGAGGCCGGCCCACCUGCCAUGAUCAAGGAGGCAGUUUAUCUCCUGAAGGCCGAGCGGAUUGGUCAUGGCUACCAUGUCCUGGAGGACCCUGAGCUCUACAAGGAGCUGUUGAGAGCCAAGAUGCAUUUUGAGGUCUGCCCUUGGUCCAGUUAUCUCACCGGAGCAUGUCUUCCGGACUUUGGGAAACACCCAGUAACACAAUUUAAGAAGGAUCGAGCUAACUAUUCUAUAAACACAGAUGACCCCCUCAUCUUUAACUCCAAUAUUGACAAGGAUUACAGCAUAGUGAAGGACUACAUGGGCUUCACCGAGGAGGAGUUCAAGAGAGUGAACAUCAAUGCAGCUCAGUCCAGCUUCUUACCUGAGAAGGAAAAGCAGGAGCUGCUGAACACGCUGUAUGAAGCCUAUGGGAUGGUCCCCAAUGCAUCGUGA